GUGGCCGACAGACACAUAAAAGUCAGAAGAAUAACGAGUGGAUUCACAACGCCGUCGUUCCACGCAGAGGAAGAGAGUGCUGAAGUAUGGAGCACCUGACAGUUCUUGUCCUGACACUUGUGCUAUGUACGGCUCUUUGUGACGCUGCCCCGACUGUGACAUCACUAGACGACCAUCAAAAAGCAGAGGAAUAUUUGGCACAGUUCUACAGGAAUCAUGGCACCACUCAAGCACGUGGGAGGAGUAUGUACAUGGCAGAUUUUGAGAAAGAUCUGAAAGCCAUGCAAGAGUUUUUUGGGCUGGAGGUCACGGGUAAACUGGACACGAACACUGUGGAGGUGAUGAAAAAGCCACGCUGCGGAGUCACGGAUGUGGCCAGAUACGGUCACUUCGAAGGGAAGCCCAGAUGGAAGCAGAGUGUUUUAACAUACAGAAUAACAGACUACACACCGCAGAUGAGCAGGAGUGAGGUCGAUGCCACUAUCUCCAAAGCCUUCAAGUUGUACAGCGAUGUCAUUCCACUCGAUUUCAAACAGAUCUACAGCGGCACAGCUGACAUCAUGAUUCUCUUCAAAGCUGGAUAUCAUGGAGAUUUUUACCCGUUUGAUGGACCCGGUCAGGUUCUGGCUCACGCCAACUCUCCCGGUUCUGAACAGGGAGGAGAUACACACUUUGAUGAGGAUGAGAAAUGGACAUUAAGCCCCCAAGGUAUUAAUCUGCUAUUGGUGGCUGCUCAUGAAUUCGGUCACGCUCUGGGACUCGAUCACUCCAAAGAUCGUACAGCUCUGAUGUAUCCAAAUUACCAGUAUGUCAACACGAAUGGCUAUAAACUUCCCCGGGAUGACCGACUCGGGGUCCAGGCUCUGUAUGGGGUUCGAGCAUCUACAGUUGAACCAGCCCCAAAACCAAAACCAAAACCAAAACCAGAGCCAAAACCUAAACCAAAACCAGAGCCAAAACCAGAGCCAAAACCAAAACCCGUACCAAGCGUCGCACCGGAACCAUGCAAGCGUGACUUAGUAUUUGAUGCAGCAACCAGCAUUGGGGGGGAAUUGUUUUUCUUUAAAAAUGGGUAUUACUGGAAGAAAGGAUAUUACAGUGGACUUUCAAGGCAUAAAGUAAACUCCAUGUGGCCAUCUAUUGAUUCUGUUGAUGCUGCGUAUGAAUUAAGGAACAAAGGCAUCAACUUCCUCUUUAAAGGUAAGCAGUACUGGGCCGUCAAAGGCCGCACAACUUUGUCUGGAUAUCCCAAACCCAUAACCGACUUUGGAUUUCCUCCUUACGUGAAAAAGAUCGAUGCGGCAGUGCAUGUGGCAUCCACGGGCCAAACUCUGUUCUUUAUCGAUAGCAACUACUGGAGCUACGAUGAAAGUACUGGAACAAUGGACAGAGCUUUUUUCAAAAGCAUUCAGCGUAAUAUUCCUGGAAUCGGUUCACGGGUGGACGCUGCUUUUGAAAAUGCUGGUUACCUGUACUUCUCAGAUGGUGCACGACAAACUGAGUAUAAUUUUAGUUCCAAACGAGAUUAUCUUACACAGUUCUACAGGGAACCGAUCAUCCCGGUCAGAGAUCUGGUCUCAACUAAAGGUGGCGGAAGAAGGUACCAUGGAGAUUUUAGGAAAGAUCUGGAAGUUAUGCAGAAGUUUUUUGGGCUGGAGGUCACAGGCAAGAUGGACACAAAUACUCUGGAGGUGAUGAAACAGCCACGCUGUGGAGUCAGUGAUGUGGCCAGAUACAACCUUUUCAAAGGGAAGCCCAGGUGGAAGAAGAGUGUUGUAACAUACAGAAUAACAACAUACACAUCACAGAUGAAUAGGAGUGAGGUGGACGUCACUAUCGCUAAAGCCUUCAAGUUGUACAGCGAUGUCAUUCCACUCGAUUUCAAACAGAUCUACAACGGCACAGCUGACAUCAUGAUUCUCUUCAAAGCUGGAUAUCAUGGAGAUUUUUACCCGUUUGAUGGACCAGGUCAUGUUUUGGCUCAUGCCUAUGCUCCUGGUCCAGAAGUGCAAGGAGAUGCACACUUUGAUGAGGAUGAGAAAUGGACAUUAAGCUCCCAAGGUAUUAAUCUGCUAUUGGUGGCUGCUCAUGAAUUUGGUCACUCUCUGGGACUUGAUCACUCCGAAGACAGUACAGCUCUGAUGUAUCCAAAUUACCAGUAUGUCAACACGAUUGACUAUAAACUUCCCCGGGAUGACCGACUCGGGGUCCAGGCCCUAUAUGGUGUUCGAACAUCUAAACCAGUCCCGAAGCCUGAGCCUACACCAAAUCCUAGACCGGACUUCAAUGCAUGCAGUCGCAACCUAGUCUUUGAUGCAGCAACCAAAAUUAAAGGAGAACUUUAUUUCUUUAAAAAAGGAUACUACUGGAAGAAAGGAAAUAACAGUGGAAUUUCAUCAUUGCUUAAAAUAAACUCUUUGUGGCCAACUAUUGAUUCUGUUGAUGCUGCCUAUGAAGUUGAAGUUAAAGACAUCGCCUACCUCUUUAAAGGUGAGAAGUACUGGGCUGUUAGAGGCAGUACAAUUUUGCCUGGAUAUCCUAAACCCAUUUCCAAACUUGGGUUUCCCUCUUAUGUAAAAGAGAUUGAUGCAGCCGUGUAUGUGGCGUCCAUUAGCCGAACUCUUUUUUUUGUUGGAAACAAAUAUUGGAGCUUUAAUGUAAGGGUAGCUCGCAUGGACCGAGGCUUUCCUAAAAGCAUACAGUGUAAUAUCCCCAAUAUUGGGUCAAAUGUGGAUGCUGCUUUUGAAAAUGACGGUGAGCUUAACAUUACACAAAAACUAUGUUACCUGUAUUUCUCAUCUGGUGCAGAGCAAAAAGAGUAUGAUUUCAGGUCCAAGCAAGUGAUGCGUGUUCUGAUGAAUAAUGAAUGGAUGAAGUGCUACCCAUCAAAAGUUAAACCUAAAAAAUAA